AUGCCUUACGCACACGACACUCCUCCGGCUGAAGAUGUCAGCCUCGAGCCCAUCGCAAUCUGUGGCAUGGCCUGCCGCCUCCCUGGCAAUGUCGGCUCCCCCUCUGCCCUGUGGGAUCUGCUCUUGAGGAAAGGCGCCGGGAACACUAUGCGAGUCCCGGAGUCCCGGUUCAAUAUUGAUGCCCACCUCCACAAGAAUGGUGAGCGCCCGGGCAGUAUGAAUGUGGGCGGUGGUUACUUCCUCGACGGCCGUGCAGAGAACUUCGAUCCCACAUUCUUCAACAUGACCCCUGUCGAGGCCAUGUGGUUGGACCCACAGCAGCGAAAGAUCCUCGAGGUCUGUUACGAGGCCCUCGAGUCUGCCGGUCUCACCCUGGAACAGGUGUCCGGUACCAACACAGGUGCAUUCAUUGGUAGUUUCACUGCCGACUAUCAGCAGAUGACCUUCCGGGAUCCGGACUUCCGCCACAGCUAUGCGGCCACUGGUGUUGAUCCAGGUAUUAUCAGUAACCGGGUGGGGAAUGUUUUUGACUUAAAUGGGCCGAGCUUCACUAUAAAUACCGCAUGCUCCUCGUCAGUAUACGCAAUUCAUCAUGCUUGCCAUGCACUACGUGCUGGAGAUUGCCAAGCGGCUCUAGUUGGUGGUGUCAACCUGAUCCUCACGGUCGAUCAGCAUAUGAACACAGCCAAACUGGGUGUGCUUUCACCAACCUCAUUCUGUCAUACGUUCGAUGCUGCUGCCGAUGGAUACGGCCGUGGCGAGGGUGCUGGCGCUCUGUAUCUGAAGAGAAUGAGUGAUGCUAUCCGCGAUGGUGACAUUAUUCGAGCUGCCAUUCGCUCUUCAGCUGUUAACACGAAUGGUAAGGUUCCGGGCUAUGGUAUCACUUAUCCGAACAUGAAGGGCCAAGAAAAGGUCAUCCGCGCCGCAUACAAGCGCGCCAAUCUCGAUCCAGACCAGACUGCCUAUUUUGAAUGCCACGGAACCGGUACGCCAGUGGGAGACCCCAUUGAAGUCCGCGCCGUGGCUAGUGCGAUGAAUGACACCCGGUCGGAGGAUCGGCCCCUUAUUAUUGGCGCUGUUAAGCCUAACAUUGGCCACAGCGAAGCAGCCAGUGGAAUCUUCGCCGUUAUGAAGGCCGCAUUGAUGGUGGAAACCGGUUUGAUCCCUGGCGUCGCUGGCCUGAAGACAGUUAACCCAGAGAUCCCCGAGAAAGAGUGGAAUGUGAAGGUUAACCGUGAUACCCUGCCUUGGCCUGAAGAAUUUGAGUCCCGUCGGGCCAGUGUUUCCUCUUUUGGAUAUGGUGGCACAAACGGCCAUGUCAUUGUAGAAGAGGUGAAAGCACUCUAUCCGCAAUACCAGCAUGGGGCCCGCAAGGCCCUGGCCAAUUACGAUCACUCAGCUACCAGGCCACUACUUGUCACCUUGUCGGCGCACGAGAAGACAACCCUAAUCCGCAACAUCGAGGCGCAUGCCAAGGUAGUCGAUCAAUACUACCUCUCGGACUUUGCGCAUACCCUAAACAACCACCGCAAUCGCUUCGUCCAGCGGGCAUUUGUUGUUGCUAGCGAGGCCACAGCGGCAUCUGAUAUGGAAACUGCCAAUUUCAAGUUUGGCUCUUGCACCAAGCCCAUUUCCGAUCUUGCCUUCAUUUUCACCGGACAAGGUGCGCAGUGGGCAGGUCUCGGUCGAGAGGCCACUGAGACCUUCCCCGUUUUCCGCCACACGAUUCGACGCUUGGAUCGGGUACUCAAAGGGAUCGAUCAUCCUCCUAACUUUUCGAUCGAGGAGGAGCUCAAGGCCCCGGCAGAGACGAGCCGAAUCAACGAUGCUAGCAUUGCCCAGCCGACACUGGUAGCCACCCAGAUCGCCCUCGUGGACCUCCUGGCAUCGUGGAAUAUUGUUCCUACUGCAACUGUUGGUCACUCAGCAGGUGAAUACGCAGCGGCAUAUGCUGCUGGUCUAGCCUCUGCUCCGGAGAUCAUCAUCGCUGCUUACUACCGCGGCUACUCACUGGGACGUAACGCACCCGCUGGUGGUUCGAUGAUGGCGGUGGGGCUUGGCCGUGAUGAGGUCGAGGUAUAUCUCGCCAGCCUCAGCAAGGAGCUCGUAAUUGCCUGCGAGAACUCCCCCUCUAGCGUUACUCUCAGUGGCCCAGUGGCUGCCAUACAUGAGGCGCGGGACCUCUUCGCAGAAGAGAAAAUCUUUGCCCGCGAGCUGCGGACUGGGAUGGCAUAUCACUCGCCCCAUAUGGAGCCCGUUGCCGGCCCCAUGGUUGAGUUGGUCACUAAUGCUUACUGCAAAUUGGACGGCUAUGACCGCCAGUGGCGCUGCCCGCGCAGGGCUAUGGUUUCAUCCGUCACCAAUCAAGCCGUUCUUACAGGAGACAUCACUCCAGCUUACUGGGCGCGCAAUCUCACCGGCCGUGUGCUAUUCAACACUGCCGUACAGACCCUCGCAAAGACAGAGGAACUCAGAGAUAUUACCGGUUUUGUUGAAGUGGGCCCUCACUCAGCUCUGUCCGGGCCCUUCAAGCAAAUUUGCCAGGCAAAUGCUUUCACCAGUUAUACAUAUGUCACUACCCUAAUCCGGAACCAGGAUGGGGCGCAUUCCCUGCUUAAGACAGCCGGUGAGCUAUUCCUCGCAGGAUAUGCCGUGGACAUGCAGAGGGUAAAUCGGCUAGACGGUCCUUCCCUGGACUUCCAGCUGGACUUGAAGGCCUCUGGCAAGCGUCCGUUCACCCUGGCCGAUCUGCCUCCAUACCAGUGGAAUUAUGAGAAGGUCUACUGGGCGGAGCCUCGUGUCAGUGCCGAGUACCGUCAUCUCACCCAUGCGCGCCACGACCUGCUGGGUAGCAAAAUCCCCGGACUUUCAUCUCAUGCAAUGGUCUGGCGGAAUAUUUUGCGAGUCCGGGACAUCCCCUGGCUUCAGGACCACAAGCUGGGAGGUUCCAAUAUGUUCCCUGCCGCUGGACAUAUUGCUCUGGCCAUCGAGGCGGCCCGUCAGCACUGUGAGAUUACAGGUGUCAAUAUGUCGGGAGCAGUCUUGCGCGAUGUUGAGCUGAAGACCGCACUGAUUAUCCCAGACACCGACACCGGCAUAGAAAUUCAGCUCCGACUAGCCCAGAACUCCUCGUCUAAGUCCCCUUCGUACUAUUUUGCCGUGGAGUCCUGCACCGACAACAACUGGACUAUUCACUCCGAUGGCACGAUUCUUCCAGUCUCUGAACCUGAAUCAGCGGACGUGCGCCCCCACCCUGUGAACCCUGGGGUUCUCACCCAGCGACACAGAGGUAAGCGGUGGAACGACACUUUCCGCAGCGUGGGUUUCGAGUACGGCACCUCAUUUGACACCCUAGACAAGAUCAGAACGCACGAUAAGUACUACCAGGCAGUUGGACAAAUCCCGCUAGCCACCAGCAGCGAACGUAUGGUGGAUGAGUCCCGUUACAUGCUCCACCCUUCCACCGUGGAUUGCCUUUUGCAGCUCUGCAUCAUAUCCAUCCACGCUGGUCUUUAUCAGACAAUGCCAUGGGGUGUUGUGCCUAUCAAGUUCGAGGAAAUUACCAUACUUGGUCCGGAUGAUGCUGCCAACACAGUUGGUCAGGCAGUGGCUUGGAAUGAUGUCCGCGGUGAGCGCGCUCGCUACUUCAACACCGAUGCCCAGUUAGCUACCCCAACGGGGCGGGUUGUCGUCGACAUCAAGGGGCUCCAUACGGUUGCAUACGAGGCUGCUUUACCCCCAGGAGAUGAGGCAGCUGCGAAACCAGCACCUUAUGCCGCAGUGGAAUGGAAGCCCGACUACACAAUUCAUGGGCUGCAGAAGGUGCCCCUGGGACCUGACAUGCUGUCCAGCAUCAUUUCCCUUCUGUGCCACAAAGAACCUGUGGCUUCGGCUCUGCUGGUCGAUUCAUCAACUUCUCUCGAUCUCGAGACUGUGCUGAGUGCACUUUCACCGGCGGCUGAGAUUUCUGUGGCAGCGGUGCAGACGUCGGCGACAGAUUCCUCGCGCACCAAGAAUGUCGUCAUCCCAGAAGGACCGCUGGACCUAGCCAACUUGAAUGUCAAGGACACAAGCCUGGUACUUAUCGCGGGCGAGGAUGCCCAGCAGCUGACCGAAUCCGACAUGUGGGCUUCUCUGGAGUCUGUCCUUAGUGUUACCGGCAUCGCCCUCGUCCCAAUUGAUAGCUCUGUGGCACCCACGGUCCAGGCUAGCAUCGAAAAGGCAGGCUUCCUCGUCACAGCCAAAAUCGCGUCAGAGCAGACAUUGUUGCUUGUCUCCCGUUUCAUUGAGAAGGGCUCUUCCAGCAACAGCAGCCCAGACGAUAAUAUCAAAUUAGUGUACUCCCCUCUCCAUUCGGCUCCACCCCUCGCCCUAGCAGACGCUCUACGGCUUCAGGGUGCUGAGGUUUUGAUUAAAACUCUCGAGGAGGUGGAUUUGGCCGCUGACAAGGAGCUCAUUCUCUUCAACCCAUAUGCCAACAUCCUCUCUCAGCCGGAAACGACCUCGUUCGACGCACUGAAACAGAUCAUCCCGUCUGGGGCAUCUGUCACAUGGAUCACGGCUGGAGUCAACGAGUGCACAUCCACCCAUGGUGGCAUGGUCCCCGGUUUCCUGCGAGUGCUUCGAGAGGAGCAGAAGAUGUCCAAGCUGACCUGGUUGGAUGUGGACCAAAACGAAACGUUUGAGUCUAUCGCACAGGCGCUGGCGUCUAUCCGUCAGGGUGCCGCAGGAUCGGUGACCGAAAACGAGUACUGGCUACACCAAGGUGUAUGCCAUAUCAGUCGAAUUGUGCUGAACGAUGAGCUCAACGCCCGAAUGAUCGUCGAUGAAAAGAAGCUGGUGCAGAUGUCCCUGCCUAGUGGUCAACCACUCCAGGCCAAUGUUGAGCAAGGUAAGAUUACCUUUGCCCACAGCAACCGCUUUGAUGGCAUUUCUCUCCAGCCGGACGAGAUCGAAGUCCAGGUCACCUCCUGCGAGGUAUACAAGCAAGACCUGCAAGCUUCGGCCGAGGGUCUUCGGGUAGCUGCUGGCACCGUCCUCAACGUCGGAGGCAAUGUGGAGGAAGGUCUCUUGGGGAAGACGGUGGUGACAUACGUGACGAACGCACUCCAGACUAUCGUCCGAGUUCCAGAGGCAUUGUCAGUCCAGUGUGAUCCUGCCGUUGGGAAUCAGUUCGUGUCAGCGCUGCCAGGGCUGUGCAGGGCUGUUAACGCUGUUUCAAGCAUCUCGGGCCCGAUUACGCAAAAGCACGUCCUCCUCCUUUCUUCAUCGGAGGCCUUUUCCAAAGAUCUCGCCCAGAUUAGCAGGGCACUGAACUUCCCACUCGUGAUAGCUGAGGGCCUGUCUCACAUCCGCCAAGUUAUGAAGACAGCCGGGUCUUCGCUAGUCGUCGUGGCCGAGGACUUCUCCGAUAGAAACCAGAAGGUGUGGCGCGAAAUGCCCUCCGGUGGAUGGUUCGUACUCAGCGAAGAUGUCCACGGUGCCCUAUCUGCCCCAUCGGACGUCACUCCAUUCACGCGCGGUGUACGCUUCGCUGCGACAUCAGUCCAGUCCUCAUUCAAUAUUGACAAGGCCGCACUGGGCAAGAUCAUGCGCGAGACUGUUGCAUCCAUUGACAGCACAAUGGAACCAGCGCUUGUCUACAGCACAAACGAUGUGAAUUCCGUCACAAGUAUCACCGCUGACAGAUUCAUCAUGACAUACAACUACGAUAGUGACAUCGUCGAAGUUGCACCAUCCACCCCAAAGCUUCGCUUUUCCUCUGAGGACAUCUACUUACUGGCUGGCUGCCUGGGCGGUCUCGGCCGCAGUCUCACAUCGUGGAUGAUGGAGCGCGGCGCCCGGCACUUUGCCUUCAUCUCGCGCUCCGGAGACGACAAACCAGAAGCCGCGCAACUGACGUCAUCUCUCCGUGAGGCGGGUGCACAGCCCCAAAUCUUCCGCGGCGAUGUCUCCAAUGUCUCUGAUGUAAAGAACGUCAUUGAGGCCAUCACAUCCGGGCCCGAUGGCAAGCGCAUCCGCGGCGUUGUCCACGCGGCCAUGGUGCUCCAGGACGGCAUCUUCGGACCCCAGACAUCCAUUGAAAAGUUCCAGGCAGCCAUCACGCCUAAGGUAGAUGGAGCGCUCGCUUUGCAUCAUGCGCUCAAGGAUCAAGAGCUAGACUUCUUCGUCAUGACAAGCUCCAUCUCUGCUAUUGUUGGCCAACCCAGCCAGUCCAACUAUGCCGCCGCUAACAGCUUCUUGGACAACCUGGCCUGCCAGCGCAACCAUAUGGGUCUGGCUGCAACCUCCGUGGCGUUGCCUAUGGUUCUAGGCGUUGGUGUCGUGGCGGAGAACGAUGCGUUGGAGGAGAAGAUCACGCGUCGCGGUAUGUAUGGAAUCGACGAGCGCGACUUGCUCCGCACGUUUGAAGCCGCCAUGUCGUCGCGGCCCCGGUCGGAUUUGAAGUAUCAGGAGGCUAGUAUCCUGCUGGGUCUGGACCCAAGCCGGUUGGCCGGGGCGUGGACGGCUGCCCGCGAGAAUACCGAUUUGGACUGGGUCGAAGAUGGCCGGUUCAUUGGGCUGAAGGCGCUGGUUGAGGCGGCAUCUGGUGGAAAGAACGGCGACGACGCAAAGGAUGGCGGCGAGGGGGUGUCGCAGCACAGGCGGUUGCGGUUGCGCAAAGUGAUGGUGUUGAUGCUGCAGUGGAUGUGGUCGCGGCUGGAGGACUUUGCCCUUGAGGGGUCUAGCGUUGGAGGAUAUGGGUUGGACAGUAUGAUUGGUGCUGAGCUACGCAACUGGUUGUUCAAGAUGUUUGGUCUCAAUAUCCCCUUCCAGGAGUUGCUGUCGACGUCUCUCACGUUCAAGGGGUUGUCACUAUUGGUCUUGGAAGCUUUAGAGGUGAAUGUGGCUUAG